AUGGAGGCAGAGAAGCGCUCUUACUUUGCUGCCCUCAUUGCGUCUGCAGAUAAUCGCCUGGCCGCCCUGUUUAGGGUCUCCCGCUCUCUUUUGAAUCGGAGGGAGGGGGAGGACCCUACGCAGGGAUGGGCCAAGGAGUAUAGUCAAUAUCUGACGGAUAAGAUCACUCAGAUUCGGGACGGGCUGGACUCCGAUUGUGCGGGGUCGAUCGGAGAGGUGGCGACAGGUCUGGUUGUUUGGGACAAGUUCGAUCCUGUUACUCCCAAGGAAGUGGACAGGAUCAUGGGGAAGCUGAGCACUACCACGUGUUUGUUGGACCCGUGUACCUCCUGGCUUGUUUAUUCGGCCAGGGAGGUUACACAUAGAUGGAUCCAGGCAGUGGUCACUGCGUCAUUGGCUGAGGGGAGUUUCCCCGCUGCUUUGAAGGAGGCGGUGGUUUGGGAAAGAUGCACGGAAAAAGAGAAGUGGGGAAUCCUACCCCCUGACUUAGUUGCAAAAAUCUUGUCUGAGGAUGCCUACAGCAUUCGCAAUGCAAUUCAAGCUGUGUCUUGGACUCUCAGUGCUGCCUAUACGUCUCAACUAGGCCAGAAGAGAAGGCAGGUUGGACACCGUCCAGCACCCCAGCCGUGGCAGCUUCAUCCGUUCCUGAAAAACAUCCAGGUUUCCAAUUUUAGUGCGGAUGGAGGUAAUUUGGAGAAGGAUGGAGAUCCUGCUGCUGGCUUUGAUAUCAUCCAGUGGGCAGUGUAUCCCAACAAAUCUACUUCUGGGGUGAAAGUUGGAAGUGUAGAAAAUGAGGCCGCCUCAGAAGUCAAGAUCUCCGUUGAUCAAAGUGCCAUUAUGUGGCCAACUUCAUUUAAUAAGAAAGUUCCUUUGUCUAGAUGUACUGAAAGUUGUCAUCCAGGAUACACGAAGCUCACCAGAGAGGGUGCGCCAAUCUGCUGCUAUGACUGUUCUCAUUGUGUGGAAGGAACAAUUUCCAUGCAAGAAGAUGCUGCUCAUUGCAAAAAGUGUCCAGAUGAUCAGCAUUCUAAUAAGAAGCGAGACCAGUGUGAUCCCAAAGUUAUAAGUUUCUUAUCUUAUGAAGAAACCUUAGGUCUAAUCCUGGCCAUUUCUGCCAUUAUUUUGUCUCUAACCACUGGCUUUGUUCUAUAUAUUUUUAUUAAAUUCCGAGAAACUCCCAUAGUCAAAGCCAACAACCGGGAUCUCACUUAUAUUCUCCUGGUCUCCCUCCUCAUUUCCUUCUUGACUUCCCUCCUGUUUAUUGGUCAACCUCAAAAAAUAACCUGCCUUCUUCGGCAAACCACUUUUAGUAUUGUUUUCUCAGUUGCAGUCUCUUCCUUGUUGGCCAAGACUAUAAUGGUGGUAGUGGCAUUUUUAGCCACAAAGCCAGGCAGCAGGAUGAGGAAAUGGCUGGGGAAGCAUCUGGCCAACUCCAUUGUCUUGUCCUGCUCUUGGCUUCAGAUAGGAAUCUGCAUCAUAUGGCUUGGACUUUCUCCCCCAUUCCCAGAUGUUGACAUGCAUUCUCAACCGGGACAGAUCCUGUUACAAUGUAAUGAAGGCUCGGUUACAAUGUUCUACUCUGCCCUUGGCUAUAUGGGCUUUCUUGCUGUCAUCUGCUUCUUGGUGGCUUUCCUGGCCCGCAAGCUGCCAGGGUCUUUCAACGAAGCUAAGCUGAUCACCUUCAGCAUGCUGGUCUUCUGCAGUGUUUGGAUCUCCUUUGUCCCCACCUACCUGAGCACCAAAGGGAAGUACAUGGUGGCUGUGCAGAUCUUCUCCAUCCUGUCCUCGAGCCUGGGCUUACUGGGCUGCAUCUUUGUCCCCAAAUGUUACAUCAUUAUCCUGAAACCUCACAUGAACAUGAAGGAGCAUCUCAUGAUGAAAAAAAAUGAGGGAGGCUGAAUGUGAUACUUAUUAUUUAUGCAGUGUGCACAAUUGAAAAUGACAAUUGAAAAAUGACUUUAUUAUAGCCAUUUAGUUACUUCUACAGUUACAUUUGUGUUGUGUUAGUUACAUUUGUGAUGAUAAUAAAGAAUGAGAGAUGCCCUGUC